AUGGGAAGAGGAAAGGUAGAGCUGAAGAGAAUAGAGAACCCAACAAGCAGACAGGUGACCUUCUCAAAGAGAAGAAAUGGGCUUUUGAAGAAGGCUUUUGAGUUGUCUAUUCUAUGUGAUGCUGAAGUUGCACUAGUCAUCUUCUCUCCCUCUGGAAAGGGUUACCAAUUUGCUAGCCAUGACAUGAACAGAACUAUAGCAAGGUAUCGCAGUGAAGUAGGAUUGCCUCAAUCAAUUGACCAAUACUCUAGACCAAUGGAGUUUUGGAGGGCUGAAAUUGAAGAGUUAAAGCGAUCAGUGGACAUAUUGGAGGCAAGACUUAGACACUCAGCUGGAGAAGAUCUGUCAUCAUUGGGCAUGAAAGAGUUAAAACAGCUAGAGCGACAGACAAGGACUGCAGUUGAACGUGUUCACUCUAAAAAGAGGCGCAUUAUUUCGGAGAACAUCAACUUGAUGAAAAGGAAGCAAAGAGCCCUGCAAGAGGAAAACUCUCAUCUACAGAGACGAUUGCACGAGCUGCAUGAUGCUAACGUAAGCUCUAAAAUUUCGGGACAAACUGCGAGCAGUUGCAACAUCUCAAACCUAAGGGUUCUUCAAGAUGGAGUUGUCCGUUAA